AAGAAUCUUGUCGAGCAAAAUCAACAUUUCUUCAGCAACUACCGUCUGAGGUUGGUGUUGAUCGACCAAAUAAAAAGGUUCAACGAUCUCCUCGAAAAACAAGCUGCACUAAUGAAUCAGUUGAACUCAAAUGAAGUCAUUGCGGCUUUUCCACCAAGUAAUCUUGCAGAGCAACCAGUUCCAUUUGAUUUACCACCACACGGGUUGGAUAAUGGUGGGUCGUUGGGGCUCCAACAUUCUUAUGAUUACCAGUUCAAUACGAUGUUGGCUCAGAACCAAAGUAUGAUAGAAUAUUCAACGAUAAAUAACGAAUCUAGUGAUAUGGGAAAUUCGGCAUCAUCCAGUAACAUGGAUUCAAAUUUACAUCAGUUACAAAGAACAUUCACGGAUGACCUUUCCAUGUAUCUGGCACCACAUCCAGACAAUGCUUUAUUUGAUUCUAAUGGCAUUAUGGUACAAAACCAAGGAGUACCAAAUAUGUCAAGCAACUUGAAUUUUCAGAAUUCUGGGUUCGCAGAAAUGUCACAAAGGUCCAACUUCUUCUCGUAACCAUAAACAAUUAGAAAGUAGUCCUGACGUUAUUUCCAGUUUUUGACUUGUUACAAAUUGUCGGUUGCUGCAAUGAUUACUAAAUUUUUAACAACAUUAUAUC